UCGUCAGGUUUUAUAGGAACAUUUUUAGUAGCAGAGUACUGUUUAAUCACAUCGACAAACACAUACCGGUAUUACAUUCCAACCACCUUGGUAUAUUCUUCACACUCGGGAUCCACUUCGAACUAUCUAGUAAUCUCUCGAAUGCCUUCUCGGUGACUUUCAACAUGGGGUGGAGGAAAACCUCCUAAAACUCUCCGCCGAUGAGGUAAUUGUGGUUAAUUGGAUCAUUGAUGCCCACCCACCACCUGCGAAUAUUCCAUGUUCCUGUUGGCGGGGAACGAAAAAAGACAAAAGAGAGAGAUCACAAAACUUUUAUAAGACUAAUACUAUUCCUGGAUGAAAAGAUAAUUUCUCUCGUCUUCUUUUCAAUCCCUUUCGGAGAAAUUCACCCCUUGGAAAAGUUCGUGUAAUCGCUAUUGAAGACAUCUUUGUCCUUUGUCUUUUCUUCUCUGAAGCUGCCCACCUACCUAACUAACUGACGGGUUCCAAGUUUAUUUAUAUUUUAACCUUGGAAAUCAUUCACUCCCAAGCUCAAGCUUGCCAACGAACAAGAAAACCACUCACACCUUGGGAAAUUUAUCCAACUCAUACUACCUAUUUAGCCUUACCGGGAACACCCGUUUAUCGCUUGUAAAGCUUCCCAUUAUCUACUUCUUGGACAGCUUCCUCGAAAGAUUUCAAGAGGACCCCGACAAGAUCUAUCUCAACUCAAAAUCCGAACUAUUUGAUCUAGCCCAGCUCUGCUUCUAGUUGUGCCAUCAGCCGCACAUUGCACCAACGACCAUAAAACGAAAAUAUCUACAACAUGCCUUCCAUAGUUGGCGAGGAGCCCAAAGCUUCUAGCAGAUUACUUCUGGUAUCCAACAGACUACCCAUCACAAUCAAACGAACUGAGGAUGGUCAAUAUGAAUUCACUGGUUCCUCGGGUGGUUUGGUCACGGGUUUGAGUGGCUUAGCAAAGACGACUACAUUUCAGUGGUAUGGAUGGCCAGGUUUGGAAGUGCCAGAUGCUGAAGCAAAGCCUCUGGUUAAGAGAUUGAAGGACGAACAUGGUGCUCAUCCAGUUUUCGUCGAUGAUGAAUUGGCCGACAAGCAUUACAAUGGUUUCUCUAAUUCUAUCCUUUGGCCUCUAUUUCAUUACCACCCAGGAGAGAUUACAUUCGACGAGUCGCAAUGGAUGGCAUACAAGGAGGUCAACAGGUUAUUCGCGAAAACGAUUGCUAAGGAUGUACAAGAUGGUGAUUUGAUUUGGGUCCACGAUUAUCAUCUCAUGCUUCUUCCAGAGAUGCUGCGCGAUGAAAUCGGCACGAGCAAGAAGAAUGUCAAGAUUGGAUUCUUCCUUCAUACACCUUUCCCUUCCAGUGAGAUUUACAGAAUCUUACCUGUCAGAGAAUCUUUGUUGUUGAGUGUACUUCAUUGCGAUUUGAUCGGUUUCCAUACAUAUGAUUAUGCUAGGCAUUUCCUCAGCAGUUGCUCCAGAAUUUUGGAAACACAAACAACACCUAAUGGUGUCGAAUUCCGUGGUAAAUAUGUCACAGUAGCUGCUUUCCCCAUCGGUAUCGACCCUGAAAAGUUCAUUGAGACACUCAAAAAGCCAAAGGUCGAAGAGCGCAUUGCUCAACUAGAGCGCAAAUUCGAAGGUGUUAAACUCAUCGUCGGAGUGGACAGAUUAGAUUACAUCAAAGGUGUCCCACAAAAAUUGCACGCCCUUGAAGUCUUCCUCACAGAACAUCCCGAAUGGAUCGGCAAGGUAGUCCUCGUCCAAGUCGCUGUUCCUUCUCGUCAAGAUGUCGAAGAAUAUCAAAAUCUCCGUGCCGUCGUCAACGAACUUGUCGGCCGCAUCAACGGUCGCUUUGGUACCGUUGAAUUCAUGCCCAUUCAUUUCCUCCAUCAAUCUGUCAAUUUCGAUGAACUCACCGCUCUUUACGCCGUUUCAGACGCCUGUCUCGUUUCCAGUACGCGUGAUGGCAUGAAUCUAGUCUCCUACGAAUACAUUGCCACACAACGUAAACGUCAUGGUGUAAUGAUUCUCUCUGAAUUCACAGGCGCGGCUCAAUCUCUCAAUGGUGCUCUCAUUGUUAAUCCAUGGAAUACGGAAGAACUGGCAGAUGCUAUCCAUGAUGCUGUCACAAUGUCUCCAGAACAGAGAGAAAUUAACUUCAAGAAAUUGGAAAAAUAUGUAUUCAAAUACACGAGUGCAUGGUGGGGAGAAAGUUUCGUAAGCGAGUUGCAGAGAAUUAGUGAACACGCGGCGAAAAAAUCAAACAAUAAGGGGACGGUAGACAAGAUGCCAGACUUGGUAGAGGGGGUUCAACAAUUCAAUCUUGGGGAACAGAGAGAGGAGGGGAGAUUGGAACCGGGUGAAUUCGAUGAUUAGAUUUAGGGUUUGGGAUAGACUGGAAUGGGAGUACUGCGAGAGAGGACAGAAAAGAAGAGAAGAAGAUUUUUUGAUGGGACCGCACAUACUUUCCUUGAUAGCAUUGAUGGAUGGACGGGAUGGACGGAUGGACGAAUGGCGUUAUUGCUGAUUGUUUGCUUGCUUGCUUAUGAAUGAUGACUUGACUUAUACUUUAAGUCGAAUGAAUCGAAUCGAAUUGAAUUUGAUUUGGAACAUGUAUGGAUGGAUUGACGGAUGGAUGGGUGUGCUGGGAAUCUAAGAAAAUGGGAAAUGAAUACAAACGUAUUUACAGCAUACAUACAUGCAUAGAUAGAUAAAUGAAAGAGAGAGAGAAAAACGAUGAAUUGAAAAGAGAUCAUAUUAUACUCACCGUUGGUUAAGAAUAUCUAUGUCAAAAUCUACAUCUCAAAAUCUAUAUAUUAAAAUCUA